AGCCCGCUGAGGAGUCGCCAUGAGCAAGACCCACCCUCCUGAACUGAAGAAAUUUAUGGACAAGAAGUUAUCAUUGAAGUUAAGUGGUGGCAGACACGGACAAGGAAUACUGCGGGGCUUCGACCCCUUCAUGAACCUUGUGAUUGAUGAGUGUGUGGAGACAGCAACUAGUGGGCAACAGAAUAACAUCAAAAUGGUGGUCAUCCGAGGAAACAGCAUCAUCAUGUUAGAAGCCUUAGAAAGAGUCUAA